AUGGAGCACACAUUCGGGGAGGAGCAGCCCGAGCAGCCAAAAGGCAAGAAAAAAUGUGAAGGCUGAAAAAAAAAAAAACUUCCUCGCUGUGUAGACUCGUGCUCCUCCAGACUCUGCCCUCUCACUCUCCAAAUGCUCACUGCGCGCGCUCUCUCCGGCUCACGGUGCCGAGCUGAGGCUUAAAGAAGAGACUCGAGCAGAAAGAGAAACAGGAACAGUAACCGGAGCACGCGCCGAGGCACUGAGAGUCGCUCGCGGAACAAGUUUGGGGAGCUUUUACGCACAGGAGCGCAGGAUGCAGGCGCGCUACUCCGUCUCCAGUCCCAACUCUUUGGGAGUUGUUCCGUACAUCAGCAGCGACCAGAGCUACUACCGGACCGGCGGGGGUUACACCGGGAUGCCUGCACCCAUGAGCAUGUACUCCCACGCGGCCCACGACCAGUACCCGGCCAGCAUGGCCCGGGCGUACGGGCCGUACACCCCGCAGCACCAACCGAAGGACAUGGUGAAACCUCCGUACAGCUACAUCGCCCUCAUCACCAUGGCGAUCCAGAACUCCCCCGAGAAGAAGAUCACUCUGAACGGGAUCUAUCAGUUCAUCAUGGAGAGGUUCCCCUUCUACAGGGACAACAAGCAGGGCUGGCAGAACAGCAUCAGGCACAACCUGUCCCUCAACGAGUGCUUCGUCAAAGUGCCCCGGGACGACAAGAAGCCCGGGAAGGGCAGCUACUGGACCCUGGAUCCGGACUCCUACAACAUGUUUGAGAAUGGCAGCUUCUUAAGACGCCGGAGGAGAUUCAAAAAGAAGGACGUUCAGAGGGACAAGGACGACAGGCAGAGUAAAGACCCCUCUGUCCGCACCCCGGGCAGGGAGCAGGAGCCGGGGCCGGGGCAGGGGCAGGGCUCUCAGCCGGUGCGGAUCCAGGAUAUAAAGACUGAGAAUGGGACUUCAACUCCUCCGCAGGCCGCUUCUCCCACCCUGAGCGCCGUCCCGAAGAUCGAGAGCCCGGACAGCAGCAGCAGCAUGUCCUCGGGCAGCCCGCACAGCGUGCCCUCCACCCGCUCUCUCAGCAUGGACGGACCGGAGCACCACCACGGCCAGGCCCCGGCCCAGGGCUUCAGCGUGGACAACAUCAUGACCACCCUGCGAGGGUCCCCGCAGGCCGAGCUCUCCCCGCCUCUCAUCGCCUCCUCGCGGACAGGUAUCACCCCCUCACUGUCGCUCAACUACUCCCCCAACCAGACCUCCACGUACAGCUCCACCACCUGCAACCAGAACGUCAUCUCCACGAACUCCAACGCGACCUAUCACUGCAACAUGCAGGCCAUGAGCCUGUACGCGGGGGACCGCUCCUCCGGAGGACACCUGGCCCCGUCCACCACGGUGGAGGACGCUCUGCCCGACUAUUGCAUCACCACGACCACCGCGUCCCCGCUCGGACAUGGAAACCUGAGCCAGGCGGGCCAGGAAGGCCACCACGCGCACCAGGGACGGCUUGCUUCCUGGUACGGAGACCUGAGCCACCUGAGUCCGAGUUACCCGGCGCAGCAGCAGAACUUUCACUCGGUUCGGGAGAUGUUUGAGUCCCAGAGGAUCGGUCUGAACGGCUCCCCUGUGAACGGGAAUAAUAGCUGUCAGAUGGCCUUCCCGUCCGGUCAGUCCCUGUACCGAACCUCAGGAGCUUUUGUUUAUGACUGCAGCAAGUUCUGA